GCGCCGCAGCCCUCGGCAGCAAGCGGGCACCACCACCACCAGCACCAGCAGAAAGAGCUGACCAGCAAGAUGCGCGUCGGCGAGGACGAUCUGCCGAGCCUGGAGUACAUCGAGGAUCCGUACAUACCGAAGCUGGAUCCGAACUGCUUUACGCCCUCGCUGGACGAGGUGUACGACAUCGACGAAGAUGACGGACUGAUCGGACACGAGGAGCAACACUGGUCCGACGAAACGGAACGUUAUCUCCGCUCGCUAACGCUCGAUCAAAUCCUUGGCGUUCCGUCCGACGAUGAGGAUAUCGAUCCAACAUCGGAAGUCGAGCUGCAGACGGUGGAAACGGAGUUCAAUCCACCACUAUCCUCAGACGAAGGAGAAGCGAGUGAGCAACCGGCAUCCGUCGGUAGAUCACCCGCCCGCGAUCCUGCCGAACGGUUGGGCUUCGGCAUUUGUUUCGAACCAGUCGGCAAAGAGGCAACACCACCAUCCAGCCCAUUGCGGCCGGGCGGUGCGGUACGCAACAUGCUGGCCAGCAGAUUGCUGCUCGGCAGCGGUGCCACCAACCGGCGGAUCCGGGCACUGUUCAAUCGGCGCAAAAUUCGGGACGUACGCGUCACGUUCAUCGACUUCUCGAAGCCAUAUCUGGCCCGUAUCUCGAGCGGUGAUAACUACAAAAGCUUCCUCAACAUUGGGAGUAGAUCUAAUUUGGGGUUGUUUUUUUCUCUUCCCAUUACAGACAAUUCUGGCAAAUUGUCCGAUGCAUCUCCGGUCGGAUCGAUCAGCUCAGCCGAAAUUGCGAACGAAUUUUCCGGCCUAUCAGCUGAAGAGCAAACAGCGCAGCGUGAAGAAUGGAGUCAGGAACUGGCACGUGUCGAGGAGGAAAUAACAACGUUGCGGACGGUGCUACAGUCCAAAAUGCGCCAUGCCAGCGAGCUGAAACGCAAGCUAGGCAUUACCGUGUGGAAGGAAAUCACGGACGACGUCAGUCAAGGAUUUAAGAACGUCAAAGAAAGCAACGUUUAUCAAAGCGUCGAAACGAAGGUGGGAGAAAUAACGACCGUGGUUACAAGUGCGCCGAUUUAUCAAAAGACGGAAAGUGCGCUCAAAACGACAGCCGGUAAGACAACAUCUGUGAUCGGUGGCAUUGCGGGUAAGAUGACCCAAAAGUUGACGGAGAUGAAGCAGUCCGAUUCAUUCCGGUCGUUUGAGGAACGUGUCGGAUCGGCGUACGAAAAUGUUCGGUCGAAGGUUUCAUCGCGCUCCAGCUCGGUGCAGAGCUUGUCUGAUAUUCAGAAUGACGAACGUCGCAGUUCCGUGACAACGCCAACCGCCAUCCCAGAGGAGAAGCCCAUCCCAUAAAAGUGUGCUUCGCAUGUAGCGGCGAAUGAUGUGUACGUGUUGGCUUCUUGCAAAAACGAUCGACGGCAGAAAGGAGGAUCAUCGUCCAUCCAGCAAACAGAGCUCUAUCCCGGCUAGAAGGCAAAGCUGUUGUGUAUCCUUAGGAACGGAUUGUGUGUUUGUUUUUAUAUUACUUCUCUUUCGUAUGGCUUCAGCACGGUUCAAUCAACCAUUGCGUAAUGAACAAUUUAAGAAUCUUCAAAAGGGAGGAAAAGAUAGGGUGAACCCGAUACUGCUGGAAGAUUUUUUUUUGUAUGCAGAAGUCGAUACACCAGUCGUUUUGCAAAAAAAAGGUUAUCAUAUUUAAUUCUUAAGUCACACUUUGAGUACGAAAUUAAUUCCACUGCUAUUGGACAACAGGAACACAGGAACUGAAAAAGCACAUAUGCUAAAAAGCGGCAUUUUGUUUUCAAGUGCAACAUUCACACACACACUCUUGAAUCGCAUUAUAAUGAUAAUCAGGAAUGGAUGCAAAAACAACGAUCGGCUUGUGCGCCGCGGUUAACAUGCAACUAAUAAUAAAUAGCAAAAGUCGCACUCUCUUUAUUACACAAAGCGACACUACGUAAGUGUUGUUUGGCUUCUAAGGCUCGGCUAAAUGUUGUGUGUGCGUGUCCAUUUUUGGUUUUCGUCGGAUAUACAGCUUUGAAAAAAAAGGUACAUCAUGAUUUGUCGGCUAAAGAAAUAAUGCGCCCUCCCCCCAGCCAGUCGUUUACUACAGGUGGUGCUAUCUAUCUAUAGAAAGAAUAAAUAUUCCUACAAGUUUACAAAAUGCCACGUAAAUGCCGACUUUCUUUAACUUGUUGUUUUUUUGCACGACAAAAAAAAACUAUCGAUGUUAUUCGAUGUAGCAUCUAUACACUAAAAAAAUUGAUAUUCCUGAUAGUUGUUGGGCGGUGAUGUUAGCUAGGAAAUGUGUACUACUUCUUGACACGGGACAAGACAGGAAUUCAGGGAGACACCACAAUCCGUGUACUCUAAAUAGACGAACUCUAAAUGGUGCCUAAAUUCAUAGUUACAUAUACCCACUCCGAGUUAAGUUUUGUUUCCUCUGCCCAAGCCAAGUACAACAACAAUGUAGGGGUACUCCUCGUGUAGUGCCACAGAGCUCCAUUACAGAAUAGAGGUACGCAUUCAUAUAGAUUCUCGUACGUUUAGCCACAGACACACCUUUUUACGAAUCACAAACGAACACAUACGAAAACUAUACUAAUUUUGGGAACAAUCUCGAUGUGUUUCCCGCGGUCAGAGAAUAGCAUAUUUCAGCAAGAAGUCGAACGCAAAAGAAGAGUAUUUAUAGACCCUGCCCUCCCCUCGUUCGUACUUAUUAAACAUCGAGCAAAUUAUAACAUACUUUAAAGUCCAAAUAAAAAGACCGAGAGUGUAUAUCUACAGCCUUUCCAACACA